GGUCCCGGUGCCCACGUGGUUUCCCGGUGUCUCCGGAGCGGAAGAAGCGGCGGCGGGGGCGGCGGGGACCGACACCGGCACCGGCACCGGCACCGGCACCGGCACGGAGCCGCAGCCAUCGCAGCCAUCGCAUCCACCGCCUCCCAUCGCCUCCCGCCGCGGCAUUUCUGGGCCUCGAGGAGGAGCCGCUGCCGCAGGGACCUCCGCCGUUACCCCUGAAGCCUAAUGACAACGCUGCCGUCUCCCACUGCCCGUCUCGUGGCCGAGCUCCCGUGCCCGCCGCGGCGCUCCUCCGGCGCUGCCCACACCACCGACGCCUGAGCCCCGCGUGCCCGCGCCGCAGCCCUGCCCAGCCCGCGCCGCCUCGCCCCGCGCCCGGGGCCCGCCGCCAGGCAGGACAUGGACUCCAUGUUCGAGGACGACAUCAGCAUCCUGACGCAGGACGCUCUGGGGCCGGACGAGGAUUGGCUCGACAGCCCCAACACCGACCUCUCGGGUGAGAUGUGCUCAGCGUCGCACUUCGCCCUCAUCACCGCCUACGACGACAUCAAGAACCGCUUGACGGGACUGGAGAGGGAGAACUCCACCCUCAAGCGCCGCCUCAAGAUGUACGAGGUCAAGUACCCGCUGAUCGGCGAGUUCGGGGAGGAGCGCAUCUUCUCCCUCUACGAGGCCAAGGAGACGUCGCUGCUCAAGAGCGAGAAGGCGUCGCUGCAGCAGCAGCUCAAUCAGUUCCAGCACGAGCUCCAGAAGAGCAAAGAGAGGGAGGAGCAGCUGGAGGAGAUGAUCCAGGCCUACGAGAAGCUGUGCGUGGAGAAGGCAGACCUGGAGACCGAGCUGGGAGAGAUGCGAGCGCUGGUGGAGACGCACCUGAGCCGCAUCCGGAGUUUGGAGCAGCAGCUGCGGCAGCGCGACGGCGGCGCCUUCGCCGGGCUGAGCGCCCCUCUGCCCGGGCAGGAGGUGCCUUUCCUCGCCCUGCACCCCAACCCCGGCCUGAGCCACGUGCUGGAGCGCGCCGGCGGCUGGCAGAGCCGCGGGCUGGACGCCGAGCUGGAGGCGGCGCGGCAGGAGACCCAACGCGCCCAACACCGCGAGGAGCACCUCAAAGCCGAGUGCGAGCGGCUGCAGGCGGAGCUGAAGCACCUGCAGGACACGCGGGAGCAGGAGCAGUCGGAGCGCGACAUGGCCUGGGUGAAGAAGGUGGGCGACGACCAGGUCAACCUGGCGUUGGCCUACACGGAGCUGACGGAGGAGCUGUGUCGCCUGAGGAACCUCAGCUCCCUGCAGAGUCAGAUCCUCCGCGCCCUCCUGCAGGAGAAGAGCCUCAACGGCGGUCAGCGCCACUCCCCGCUGUCGCAGUGCCACUCUCCGGCGCAGCAGCGCCGCUCGCCCGCCCCGCAGUGCCCCUCGCCCGUCCCGCCGGGCCGCUCGCCAGCACCGCAGUGCCAAUCGCCGGCGCUGCAGCGUCGCUCGCCGGGACCCCCGACCCAAUCCCCGGCGCAGCAGCGCCGCUCGCCAGCCCCGUGCCAGUCCCCCGCCCAGCAACGCCGCUCGCCCGUGCCCGCGGCCACCCAGUCGCCCGCCCAGCAGCGCCGCUCGCCAGCUCCGUGCCCGUCGCCCGCUUCGGCAUCACCGCACCGCCUGCCCGGCGAGAGGAUGGAGUUGGGCUACGCCAAACCCUCGAGCCGCCACGUCAAAGCCGGAUUCCAGGGUCGCCGCAGCUACUCGGAGGUGAGCAACGUGGCCCUGUACCAGCAGAGCCGCUCGCUUUGGCUCCAGCCCGAAGCGUCGACGCUCCCCAAACCGCGGGCGUACGGCGAAGUGUACCUGGGGGCGCCGGGAGCCCCCCUGAGCGCCCACGAGCCCUUCGAGGAGCACGUGCGCUUCGAGAAGCAAUCGUCGGACGAAGAGGAGUGGGCGCUGCCCAGUCCCCCCAGCCCCGAGGCCGGCGCCAUACGCUGCGCCUCUUUCUGCGCCGGCUUCCCCGACGCCGACGCCGCGCACCGGACGGCCGCUGCGUACGCCCGCGCGGAGCACGCCCAAUCCUGGCCUUCCAUCAAUCUGCUGCUGGAGACGGUGGACUCGGAGGUGCGGAGCUGCCCGCUGUGCCAGCUCGCCUUCCCCAUCGGCUACCCGGACGCUGCCCUGGUGAAGCACAUCGACUCCCACCUGGAGAACAGCAAGAUCUGAGCCUUCCUCCCUUCCGUCCCCCCCACCCCCAUCUUUGGAUGCUGCAUGAAAACACACGAGGAGCGACACGGCUCCCAAAAUACCUCCAAGUCUUCAGUAGCUACGGAAAGACUGAGCACCCCCCGACCCCGGAGCCCCCCCCGAUCCCCCCA